AUAUGUAUAAUAAAGCUGAUUUGUGGACAUUUUCUGGAAUCUAUUAUACAAAAUGCCAGUACUCUGUAGUGAAGCUUUCUACGCUGAAGAUUUCAACAGUAUAACUGGAAUGAAAAAAGUCACAAUAUUCAAGAGGUAAAGCCAUUUUGUCCUGUGGAUCGUUUCAUGGAAGCCAUCAUGUUUCCUCUAGGCAUGAUUACAUUACAUUUUGGAACCUGUUGCUAAAGUACUAUGACAUGUCUCUAGCAAUCAGAAAAAGAAGCUGGGAAGAGCAUGUGACCCAAUGGAUGGGCUUGCCUUUUGGUUCUAUUGAUGCUAAUAUAUUAUGCAGACAUGGCCUAGUAGCUGACAACCUGCAGGCAGGUAUGGAAAAUGAUGGCAUUUGGAGUGGAGACCAGAAAGAAAAAAGUGCUUCCUUGCCAGAUUGUUAUCAUGGUGGAGAGCCGGCAAGUUUCCCCUCAAAGCACCUUGGUAAUGUUUCCAAAGAGGUAGAUGAAAAUGACAAUCAUCAAGAGGAAGAAGAUCUCUCUUUAGAAGACAGCAUGGAAACUUUGGUCAAUGUUUCCAUUGAGGGUGAUCAUGAUGACGACAAUGACAUGGAGCUCACUUUGGAGAAAGUUGACCACCACUUCUCUCACGUUAAUGAGAAAUUGUCAGCUGAAAGCAACAGUUUAGAAGGAGCAGGACCUUUCAUGAAGGAUGAACCAAAGGUGGAAGCAAAGGAAGAAUCUAAUCAUGACUCUGGACCAGUUGAAAAAAUGAAUGAAUUUAACUGUGAGACAGUCCUCAAAUCAGUGGAAGAAGAAGGCAUUUGUGACAGCAGAGGAGAAGGCUUCAGAAUUCAUCAUGAGAAGAGUUCCAUUGGAAAUGAAGUUACCCCAAAAGAAAGUUUUUGUCAGCCUCCAAAUGUGGAAAAACAUAUACCUGAGGAGAAGAUGUUUCACACCUCUGUGGCUGCACAGCAGUACAGGAAAUUCGAUGCCCCUAAAGAUGGGAAUGAUAAAACUGCCUGCAAACUAUUACUAGAUGAGUUUUCUCCUUGUCAAUGUGGUGACAAAAAUGAUCAAGCAACCUCAGCUUCAAACUCCAGUAACUAUCUUGUGCCAUUGCCUGGCUCCUGUUUCCUACCAGGGGAAAAUGGUGUGGAUAAAAAUGGCUUUUCAGAUUCUCAAUACGAAUGCAUCACAAGCGUGUCCUUGGUGGAAGAUAUGACUUCUUUAAAGAAUAACACAGGCACAUAUGAGCCUACAGAUAGUCAAGUCAUAUUGCGCAAAAGAAAGGAAGGGAGAGAAGAUCGAGAUCAGUCACGACUGGACUCCAUGAUGUUGCUCAUUCUGAAACUGGACCAGCUGGAUCAGGACAUAGAGAACGCUCUCAGUUCAGGAUCCUCGCCACCCAGCACACCGACACACACACGGAGGCACAUACCUGAUUUGGAAUCACAUCUGGAAAGUGGAGUGGACAUUGCUACACUGAGCCACCCACAAACCAACGUGCCUCCUCCUUCUCCUCCACCUCCUCCACUUCAUACCUAUGGUGCUGAUCGAGUUAUCCCCAUUCCAAUGGCUGGUACUGGAGCAAAACCAAAGGCUGGGUCCAUGCCAGUUAUUACAGAAAAGGAGAAAGCUGAGAUCGAGGCCAAGGAAGCAUGUGAUUGGCUGCAGGCAGCAGGAUUCCCACAGUAUGCUCAGCUUUAUGAGGAUCUUAUAUUUCCUAUUGAUAUCGCUUCAGUCAAGAGGGAGCAUGACUUUUUGGACAGAGAUGCCAUUGAAGCCUUGUGCAGGCGUUUAAAUACCUUAAACAAAUGUGCAAUGAUGAAGUUGGAAAUCAGUCCUCAUAGGAAGAGGAGUGAAGAUUCUGAUGAAGAUGAGCCUUGUGCAAUAAGCGGCAAGUGGACUUUCCAGCGGGACAGCAAGAGAUGGUCCAGGCUUGAGGAGUUCAACAUCUUCCCUUCAAAGCAGGAUUUGAAUCCCAUAUCCUCAGAAGUGCCUCAUCUUAGCAGUGCAGCCAGCCACGAAAGUGUGCUGACAGACCUUAGUGAGCACCAGGAGAUAGUUUCUGUUCACAGUGUCAGCAGCAACAGCAGUCACCCAGCUGCCUCCCAGAGUGAAGCAGCCACCACCAGAACCAAUUCAGUCAUUAGCGUUGGCUCAUCGGGUAACCUUGUGGCAAAUGAGGAUUCCUUCAGCAGCUUGCCUUCACCCAAAGAGCUGUCCAGCUUCAAUUUCAAUGGGAAAACCAAUGAGAAGCAUGCCAAAUCCAAAACAAGAAGCCUGUUAAAGAGGAUGGAGAGCCUAAAAAUAAAAAGUUCCCAUCACAAUAAAAACAAAUUAUCUUCAAAGCUUGGUCUUAUCAUCAGCGGGCCUAUCUUGCAAGAAGGCGUGGAUGAAGAGAAGCUGAAACAACUGAACUGUGUGGAGAUCUCUGCCCUAAAUGGCAAUCACAUCAAUGUCCCUAUGGUACGCAAAAGAAGCGUCUCCAAUUCCACCCAGACCAGCAGCAGCAGCAGCCAGUCAGAGACAAGCAGCGCAGUCAGCACCCCAAGCCCCAUCACACGGACACGCAGCCUCAGCGCCUACAAUAAAAGAGUAGGGAUGUACCUAGAAGGCUUUGACCCCUUCAACCAAUCAACAUUCAGUGAUGUCAUGGAGCAGAACUUUAAAAACAGAGAAAGUUUUGCAGAAGACACAGUCUUUUUUAUUCCUGAAGACCACAAGCCUGGAACUUUCCCUAAAGCACUCUCCAAUGGUAACUUUUCUCCAUCUGAGAACAGCACUUCAGUGAACUGGAGGACAGGGAGCUUUCAUGGACAUGACCAUCUCACCCUCAGAAGGGAAAAUAGCUCUGACAGCUCCAAAGAGCUGAGCAUUGGGAAAAGGCGCAAUUCCUCUAGCUCGAUGUGCAGCCGUCUCAGCAUUUACGACAAUGUACCAGGCUCUAUCCUGUAUUCCAGCACAGGUGACCUAGCUGACCUUGAGAAUGAAGAUCUCUUCCCUGAGCUAGAUGACAUCCUGUAUCAUGUAAAAGGCAUGCAGAAAAUAGUGAACCAGUGGUCCGAGAAAUUCUCUGAUGAAGGGGACUCUGAUUCAGCCCUAGAUUCGAUUUCUCCGUGCCCUUCCUCUCCAAAGCAGAUCCUCCUCGAUGUAGACAAUGACAGAACAAUGCCCACUGAUCUCGACAGUACUGGCAACUCCUUGAAUGAUACAGAAGAGCCCACUGGGAUCCAGGAAAGAAGGGACUCUGGAGUGGGUGCAUCGCUGACGCGCUCAAACAGGCACCGAAUGAGGUGGCACAGCUUUCAGAGUUCCCAUCGGCCCAGCUUAAGCUCAGCUUUAUUGCAGAUUGACUGUCAGUCUGUGGCACAGAUGAACCUGCUGCAGAAAUACUCCCUCUUGAAGUUAACUGCACUUUUGGAGAGAUACACACCUUCCAAUAAACAUGGCUUCAGCUGGGCUGUGCCAAAGUUUAUGAAAAGGAUAAAGGUCCCAGAUUAUAAAGACCGAAAUGUGUUUGGAGUUCCCCUAACAGUUAAUGUCCAACGUACAGGACAGCCUCUCCCACAAAGUAUUCAGCAAGCCAUGCGAUACCUUCGCAAUCACUGCCUGGAUCAGGUUGGGCUUUUUCGAAAAUCUGGAGUCAAGUCAAGGAUCCAGGCAUUACGACAGAUGAAUGAGUGCUCAACAGGCAAAGUGAACUAUGAAGGGCAAUCUGCUUACGAUGUGGCAGACAUGCUGAAGCAGUAUUUCCGUGACUUGCCAGAGCCACUCAUAACCAACAAGCUCUCAGAGACUUUCUUGCAAAUCUACCAGUAUGUGCCAAAGGACCAGCGUCUCCAGGCAAUCAAGGCAGCCAUUAUGCUUCUCCCAGAUGAGAACAGAGAGGUCCUACAGAUUCUCCUUUAUUUCUUGAGUGACGUCACGGCUGCUGUGAAGGAAAACCAGAUGACACCAACAAACCUUGCUGUGUGCUUAGCGCCUUCUCUUUUCCACUUGAACACUCUCAAGAGGGAAAAUUCUUCUCCAAGGCAAGUCUCCAGGGUAAUGCAGAGGAAACAGAGUCUGGGGAAACCUGAUCAAAAAGAUCUCAAUGAGAAUUUGGCUGCAACACAAGGCCUGGGCCACAUGAUUGCAGAGUGUAAAAAGCUAUUUCAGAUCCCUGAAGAAAUGAGCAGAUGUCGGAAUUCCUACACAGAACAAGACCUUAGGCCUCUGAGCUUGGAUGAGCUAGGGCGAACCAACAGCUCUGAGCCUGCGGACUACCAUGCUUACAUCCAAGACUGUAUGGAUGAUUUGCUCAAAGAGAUGAAGGACAAGUUUAAAGGCUGGGUCAGCUGUUCCACCUCGGAGCAAGCAGAGCUUGCCUACAAGAAGGCAUGUGAGGGUCCACCACUCCGCUUGUGGAAAUCCACUAUUGAAAUCCCUGCAGUUCCUGAAGAGGUCUUGAAUCGUAUACUUAAAGAACAGCAUCUUUGGGAUGAAGAUCUUUUAGAUGCCAAAGUGAUCGAGACUUUGGACAGCCAGACUGACGUAUACCAAUAUGUACAAAACAGCAUGGCACCCCACCCAGCCAGAGACUAUGUUGUCCUAAGAACUUGGAGGACAAAUUUAUCUAAGGGAGCUUGUGCUCUUCUAAGCUCCUCAGUGGACCAUGAACGUGCUUCAGUCCUUGGCGUAAGAGUGAAUGUGCUCUUGUCCAGGUAUCUCAUUGAGCCGUGCAGUUCAGGAAAAUCCAAACUCACUUACAUGUGCAGAAUUGAUUUAAGGGGACACAAGCCUGACUGGUACACAAAGGCUUUUGGACACUUGUGUGCAGCUGAAGUUGUUAAGAUCAAAGAUUCCUUCAGUGAUCAGAACCUUGAGACUAAAGAAGCAAAAUCUAGGUGACUACUGAAGCAGGCCAACUCUGUGUUUAGCCCAGGACCUGGUGAUUGUCUGCUGCAGAACGGGUUGCAGUGUGGCCUAUAAAGUCCUAUCAUGAAGAAAGAGUAUUUGGACUGAGUCUGGAUUCUCAUUCAAGUCUGUGGCAAUUCCAUACUUUUUUUAAAAAAAGCUGCUUCCUGUCUGUGUUAGGUCUAUAGUGUAGGCCUUGACUGGAAUAUAUUGGAAGGUGCAAAUGUUUUUUAAAUAUUGAUACUAUGUUUAGACAGUGUGAAUUGCUUCUGAGAAGCAAAACUCUGAGACUGAAAUAUAUUCUGGAAUAUAGUGAAAAAUGAUUCAUUCCUGUGUGGUGAUAGCUUUAUGUAUGUAUCCGUGUGCCAUUUGUUGAGGGACUGUUGCAUCCACUGGAUUCAUUGGUACUCUUCAAUGGAUUCCCAUUAAAGUAAGUGAAGGAAGGUUUGCACAAACGCAGAGGUGUGAAUAAACUGUUGGAACAGAGUCUUUGAAGCCAGAGUAGCAGAAGUACAGUAUCUGGUACACUUGGAGAUCAUGAGAAAAAUUUAAAGUGUGAGGGAGAGUUUGGCCUGGAAUCUUGUCUGCCCAACAGAACAUCACAAGCUAAUCCUCACCUUCAUGUUCUGUAUUAUCUGUGUAUAACAACAAAAAGAAAUCAAAGCAGCACAAGACAUGGCAAAGAAGGCAAAAAGCCACAAACCUCAAGCUGAUGCCAAACGAGUUUAUUGAAGCAAUUUUGCAAAGGCAGUAGCUCAGUGUGUUCUCCUAUUUAAAAGAAGUGCUCUCAGGACUAUUUUACACAAAGUGUGCAGAGGCAAAUUUGGGUUUGCCACUGAAUGUAAGCGCAGCCAUUCCUAGUUUCCUGAUGGGUGAGCCUGUAUGUAAUACCCAUUUUCAUCUGAGGUGUACUCUUCAAAAAUGGACGAUGUGAAGCGAUGCCCAGACUUCUGGUUCUCAAAUGGGUUGUGUCUCAGAACAAUUGCCUUGGAAAAGAUACAUGUCAAUAGAUAUUGGGUAUUUUUAUUCACCUUGAGGUUUUCCUCUUCUUCCUUCUUUUUUGCUGCACAUAUAUAGCCAUCGUUUCACAUUGGCAGCUCUUAAGAUACAGGCAGGGCUCUAAGCAUUCAUCUUGUAAAUAAAUUUCAUAGGAAUAAACAGCACGUUACAUGAAAGUAGAUACUGCCUUCUUUAGCUCAAAAAGGCAGCACUGGAAAACGUCAUAACUGGAGAAUUCUAAAGUGAUUCUGUGUAAUGGAUACUGUUAGGAGUUCAAAAGUAUUCAUAUAUUCCACUCCAGUAUAACCGUAUAACCUCAUUUAUCUACAUGGCUCAGAGGAAACAUUUUCAGAAAUGCUGAAGUCUGGAUGAACAAGAAUACAGUUGUCAUCCAAUUGCAUAGGGCAAUGUGAAGGCCUGCAAGUUAGGAUAAACAGGAGGGUCAGGAAAUGGGAUAUUCCACUGUGUGGGUUAAUGGCUUUUAAAGGAAAGCCAGACCUACAUACUUGGCUGCACUCUUGGGCAGCAUGAUAGUAAUAGUAAAUGAACAGUGACAUAUGGAGAGGAAAGUGUGAAAUGUCUUGCUCUUUUGCCUUUCUAACAGAUGUAGAUGAGCUGUUUCAAGUGUUUUCAGCAAAUCCGAUUAUUACUAUUAAAAAAAACCAUAUGUGGGUGUGACCUAGUAACAUUUCCCACACACUAUCCUAUCUACAUUAUCCUGUCUGACAUGUGCAAGAGAGGUCCUGGGGGUGGGGGGGAUGGUUUUGCUGAAAGAAGCGUCUUGUGCGAGCAGGGGUGCCAAGAGAAGAGAAAGCCAUGCACAUGUGACUCUUCCUCGGGAGCAGCUGUAUAUCUGGUUGUCCAAGAACAGGCUUUGGACCCUUGCUGUGAAUCUUGCUUCCCAGAACCUGAAAUGGUGCCCCUGUGUAAGGAUUGUGCUUUGGUGUAGAGAUGCAGCAUUGUCUAGAGAUGCACUGAACCAAGGUGAGUAGGGUGUGAAUGUAAAAUAGAAGGUGGCUUAGUUACACUAAGAUUUUAGAGCUAUGCUAAUAGUUGCCCUACAACCGGACUCCCUCCCCUAAAUCUAGCCUGUUAACUUUCCCUGCCACUUGUUCCUACAGCCAGGGAUGACUGCCAAGAUGUGUGUUGUAUCAAGGUGGAGUGAAGAGCUGGACAGUUCAUUCCAGCUUGCUCUCCCACAUUGAGGAAAGGCCUGUGCAACAUAGAUGUUGCCUUGGACCUACGGCUCUUGUCCCCACCCCCAGGGCAGCCACACGGCUAGAAUGAAUACCGUUGUCAGUAUUCUUUUUCCCCAAGAUGCUGUGAUAAAUUGUGGUGUUCUAACAUUAUGUAGUGUUUGUAGUAAUAGCCUGUACCCAUCACAUUGCCCAUUUAAUCUCAUUUUGUUUUAUUCUGAUGUGUCCCUUGCACUUCUCCUCCUCCAUUCACAUGUGGUUCUCUGCAUGUUUGCAGUGCACAAGCAUGUGCAAAAGUCACCACAGAAUAAUGGAGAAGAAUUGCAAUGGAAGACACGUGACAGGCUGAGGCGCUUCCUUGCAUGCUGACCUGCUUUCAGUGCUGAUCUGUUCUCAGUGGGAAGUUUGCAGGGACAAUGUUCCCCCUGAUGUCUGUCCAGAAUUUGCAAAGAAUAUAGAAAGGAUGUUAUUUUGGCAAUGGCCGAACUUCUAAGUUUAUUACAGAGAAGUGAAGUUCUUUUAAGAGAUCAGGUUAAAAAGUUCUUUUUAACCUGAUCCCAGGAUCAGGUGUGGACUAGUAGCAAUUCCUUCAGAGAUGUCCUGAGGGAAAUUGGUGUUCUAGCUGCCCUUUUUUAUUUUUUUUAUUGUGAAACUUACUGCCAGAUAAAUGUGCUUACGAUCACAGCAUUGGUGUUUCUCACAAAUAGGGAAACCUUAUGUAUUCUUUGUAUACUUUCAAAUGUUUAAAUGUGUAAAAAUGUAUGUUGUACAUACCAUUCUGUUGUAAACAUGUACACUUGUUCACAGUUUAUUGUCCAACAUAGAUAAAGCAUGAAAAUAAUUAUUUAAAAUAUACUUGUAUUUAUACCUCAGAUACUCCUGGGGGGUGAGGUAGUGUGUUUGUACCUCAAGGUGUCUACCCUUCCCCCAUGUAAAUAUGUUCUACACAAUUAAGGUCUAAGUAAGAGAAGAAAAAGUUUAUAACUUCUUAUGUCUGUACAGAAUAUAAUCAAUAAAUGCACUAUUAAAUGUU